AUGGCAAAGGGCAAGAACCACGAUCGUAAAGCCAAUCCAGGCUUCGGCAAACAGAAGCUCAAGUCUGGAUCGGCUGGUGGGGAAUUCACCAUCAAGAAGGUGAAAGGAGAAAACUUCUACCGGGAUGCCAAAGCCGCUUCCCGAGUCAAGAUGUUAAACGGUGGUAAAGCUGUCCGCGACAAAGAUGGAAAUAUCGUCCAGGCUGCUGCUUUCCAGAAGGGCGAAAAGGAAGCUGAACCCGGAAGAGUUCGACCCGAUAGAAGAUGGUUUGGAAAUACCAGGGUCAUCUCACAGACAGCUUUAGACCAUUUUAGGACCGCUUUGAAGGAACACAAAUCUGAUCCUUACUCUGUCUUAUUGAGGAGGAACAAGUUGCCUAUGGGAUUGUUGGAGGAUGAGUCGAAGAUGGGUGGUAAACGCCCUCACAUUGUCGAGACUGAACCUUUCUCAAAUACAUUUGGACCUAAAGCCCAACGUAAACGACCUAGGUUGGAUAUUGGAAGUUUAGAAGAACUUGGUGAAUCUUCAAAUGCUGCUGAUCUAGCUGCCCAAGGCGAAGCGUCCCAACUUCCCUCAGCCGAUUUAGGAGAUGUAUACCACCCCACCACCUCAACAGCAAGAGAACCAAUCUACCAGAAAGGUACUUCCCGACGUAUUUGGGGUGAACUGUACAAAGUGCUCGAUUCUUCAGAUGUGGUUAUUCACGUCCUCGAUGCUAGGGAUCCCCUCGGAACGAGAUGUAAACCCGUAGUGGAGUAUUUGCGUAAAGAAAAGGCUCACAAACACCUGGUAUAUGUGCUCAACAAGGUAGAUCUGGUACCUACCUGGGUCACCGCUCGAUGGGUCAAGCAUCUCUCUUUAUCGGCUCCCACGAUCGCCUUCCACGCCUCUAUCAACAACUCAUUCGGUAAAGGUUCCCUCAUUCAACUUCUUCGUCAAUUUUCUGUUCUCCACUCUGACAAGAAGCAGAUCUCUAUCGGAUUCAUCGGAUACCCUAACGUCGGUAAAUCCAGUAUCAUUAACACUCUCAAAAAGAAGAAGGUCUGUACCGUUGCCCCUAUCCCAGGUGAAACCAAGGUUUGGCAAUAUAUCACUCUGAUGAAACGGAUCUACCUCAUCGAUUGUCCAGGUAUCGUACCUGUUUCAGCUAAAGAUUCAGAUACCGAUACUGUCCUCAAGGGUGUUGUGAGGGUGGAAAACCUCGCUACUCCCGCUGAACAUAUACCGUCUCUUCUGGAAAGAGUUCGACCGGAAUAUAUAGAGAGGACAUAUGGGUUAGAACAUAGGGAAGGUGGAUGGCACGGUGAAUCCGGUGCUGCGAUCUUAUUAUCUGCUAUUGCGAAACGAUCAGGUAAAUUGUUGAAAGGUGGUGAACCCGAUCAAGAAUCUGCUGCGAAGAUGAUCUUGAACGAUUGGAUAAGAGGUAAAAUACCCUUCUUCGUACCUCCGCCUGCCAAAGAACAACAACAAAACUCACAAGGUCAAGAGACAACUGUGGAUGCAGCUCAAGCUCAAGAAGAUAAAGAGACGACUGAGAUGUUGGAAGAACAAGAGAGAUCUUUGGGUAAGAUCCUAGGUGAAAAGAGAGUGAAAGGUGUGGAACAGCCAAUAAGCAAGAUACCGAUCAUGACCAAGUUCUUGGGUGACGAUAACAGACGAUAUAGAGAUGAUGAGGAUGAAGAUAAGAAAGAUGUGGAAAUGGGUGAAAAUGCUGAAGAGGAUGACGAUGAGGAUGAAGAGGAUGAAGAUAAAGAGGAGGAGGAGGGCGGUGAAUUGGCUUGGGAUGAUAUCUUCCCUGGUAAUGCUGGAUCAUCCAAGUUUGCUGGUCUCUCGGAAGAGGACGACGAAGCUGAAGAGGAUGAAGAGGAUGAGGACGAUGAGGAUGAUGAGGAAGAAGAUGGAGAGGAAGACGAAGAUGAGGAAGUAGCUAUCUCAUUCUCUGCUCCAUCAAGCAAGAAAGCAGGUAAACGAAAAGCUGUGGAGGUUGAAGAUGAAGACAAACCAUCCGCCAAGAAGGAAAAGCGAAUGACGACGAAUAAGAAGAAAUUUGAGAACUUCUAUACGCAUGCAAAUGUGAAGAACAGGAAUAGGGAGAGGAAGGUACCUAAGAACCCUCAUAAGAGGCAUAGAGAGGGGGAUGAAGAACCGACCGGAAAGAAACGACCUAAGAGCAAGAAGUAUUAG